CGGAGAGAGGGGAUUGUCACAGCAUGAUUUCGGACACACAGUCUACCUGCCGAAGGUGAGAGCGACUUCGCAAUCGGUAUUGUGCCGAUUGCAGAGCGGAUCAUUAUGGAAUUAGAGAGUCUGUUGAAGAAAAGUAAAAAACAACGUGGCAAGCUGCCGUCCGCUAACAUCGCUUUGGCAGUGUUUUCUUCAGGCAUCGGAGGAACUUUUCAGUAUGGAUAUAAUCUUUCCAUCAUUAACGCUCCGACCAGGGAUGUGCAGGCUUUCAUUAAUGAGACCUGGUUUGUUCGGACCGGAACUAAUCUGGAUGGUAGUCUCCUGAAUUUUCUGUGGUCUAUCAUCAUUUCAAUUUUUACUCUUGGUGGACUUCUUGGGGCAUGUUUGGGAGGGCACCUGGCCAUCAAAUUUGGUCGCAAAAGGACGCUCUUGAUUAUCAACAUCUUUAUCCUGGCCGGAUCCACCUUGAUGGGAACAAGUAAACCUGCUGGCAUUUUCGAACUUUUAAUAGUGGGCAGGUUUCUUGUGGGACUACAUUCAGGAGUCAGCCUGUGUGUGCAGCCUAUGUACCUGGGAGAAAUCGCUCCCAAGGCUUGGAGAGGAGCCAUAAUUAUGGGAAUCUCAAUAUUCUUAACAUUAGGAAUUCUAAUUGGCCAGGUGAUAGGACAAAGGGAGUUGCUGGGCAGGGAGCAACACUGGCAUAUCCUGCUCUCCACCAUCUGCGUCCCAGCUCUACUGCAGCUGCUGCUGUUGCCGUGGUGUCCUGAGAGCCCCAGGUACCUCCUGAUUGACAAAGGACUGGAAGCAAAAGCCCUCCAGAGUCUCAGGCAAUUGCACGGUGCUCAUUCCUACUUGAGUGAAUUGGAGGAUAUAGAGAAGGAGCGGGUGGCGAUACAGCUACAACGGUCAAAGGGACUAUGGGAACUUCUCACAAAUAGCUUGACUCGAUGGCAGCUGAUCACCGUCAUCAUGAUUAACAUCGGCCAGCAGCUCAGUGGUAUCAACGCUAUCUACUUCUAUGCCACUUACAUAUUUGAGAAAGCUGGAAUUGGCCAGGCAUACAUCCCAUAUGUUACUAUGGGAACGGGGGCCUGUGAGUGUUUCUCAGCCUUAUGCUGUGGCCUUUUGAUUGAAUGCCUGGGCAGACGAGCCCUCAUCCUUGGUGGCUAUUCGCUUAUGGCUCUGUGCUGCAUGUUAAUAACCCUCACACUAACCUAUCAGGCUUCUUACUUCUGGGUGCCUUACAUGACCAUGGUCUUUCUGUUUGCGUUUAUUCUGAGCUUUGGCCUGGGACCAGGGGGUGUUACCAACACGGUGACAGGGGAGUUGUUCACACAGACAGCACGUCCAGCUGCCUACAUGGCCAGUGGAGUCAUGAACUGGCUCAGCUUCUUUCUUAUCAGCAUCACAUUCCCAUUUAUUGUGGAGAGCAUGCAGCAUUUUUGUUUCCUCGUCUUCCUCGUCGAGUGCCUGCUGGUCACGCUCUUCAUUUACAUUGUCCUGCCCGAAACUAAAAACAAGUCCUUCGUGGAAAUCGAGCAAGAAUUUCGAACUCGGAAUUUCAAGGGCAUGUUGACAACCGUAACAGCAGAUGGUACCCUCAGGGAUAUGCAGAUGUCAACUUUCUGAAAACCUUAAUGUACAGGUUUGCCUCAGCCCAGCUGUGGGGGUAAAAUGCCCCGGUACUACACACUGUUAAUGCUACUUUCUUCCAGCAAACACCUGGUGUCUGGUGUUGCACAACUUGAAAUUUUUCUUGAAUUGCUUUGUUGACGAUGGAAUAUUAAAUUACAGGAUGUUAUGCUAAAUAAUAUAACUUAACUUACUGAGUGUUUCCAGUGCUUUCUGCUUUUAUUUUAUACCAGCACCAUUUAAACUUCUAGUCAAAAUAAAACAGAUAAUAACCCUGGUAAAAUAAAAAGCAUUUCUCA